AUGCCUAAUGUCAGCUAUACUCUUAAAACGUUUUUUAGCCAACUAAAAAUCCUUGAUCUUUCCUACAAUAAAAUAAAAAAGAUUUAAGCUGAGUAAUUAAUUGAUGCAUGUCCAAAUUUGACGCAUUUCAUUAUAGCCCACAAUUAAAUUUCAACGUUAGAUGAGUUUUUGCCUUUAGGCUCUAUGCAGUUUCUUUAGGAACUAAAUUUUCAAGGCAACCCAUUAGAAAGUUUAAAAAAGCCAUUUAUUGUGCUGCAAACUUUAUUAUUGCAUGGAGUUCUCGAUCAUUUUUAGCAAAAUAAGGUUUAGAUAUUAAGUAUGACUGAAACUAAUUCAAUGAAGGUCUAACUUACAGACAAAGAAUUUAGGGACAUCCAAAAAAUAAAAGAUAUAAAAGUGCCAAGAAUUUAUGGAAACUUUAGAAAUCUUGUCAGUUUAAAUGGAACAAGCUAAAUCUAUCCAAGGUUAAAGAAGCCUAAAAAGAAAAUAAGUCAAAAUAUGGAUCCGUUGGAACUAGAGAUGUUUAACAAGCAACGGUAAAUAGACGAGUAAUUGACAUCAAACAAGCUUUUGAUUAAAUAAAUAUCCAAUUCAGACUCUAAAGUGAUGAAGAGAAAAGUUUUAUACAAGACUCAAUUGAGAAAGCAUCAAAUGAUUAUAAACCGCUUAAAUCAAAAGAAAAAUCUUAAUUAUGAACUUAGUGAUGAAAGUAGCGAAAUUGAUGAAUUUAUACCUAGGGAACAAUUUGGUAAAAGCAAAAUUAAUGAUACUUAAAAGGAUGAUAUUGCAUUUGAUGUUGAGGAGGAAGAAGAAAAUUUUUUAAGGGAAAAAUAAAAACACAUUGGGAAUGAAUCUUCAAAGGAAAGAACUGAGAGUUAGAAGAGAUCUUUAAAAAGAAUUCUCAGAGUUUCACAUCUUAAUCCAAAUGUUAACAAGUCUUUGAUAGAAAAAUUCUACAAUCAAAUAGAGAAGGAUGAAAUAGAGGUUUCAAAAUUUGAAGAAUCUGACAAGGAAUAUAAGUAAAACGUAAUAAAAACCAUCCAUGAUAAUGAUAGUGAGUUAGAUGAAUAUGAUCCUCAAAGACUUGUUACUCCUAUCAUGAAAGGAUCAUUUAUAGACUAAUCUUAACCUUCAGAAUCUACCACAGCAACAUAUGGAUUCUAAAGAUAAGCACACAAUAAAACAAGGACUUCAAUCAUAAAUACUUAGAAUCUAAAUUUAGCUAGAGAAUUAGAUCAAAGCUAUCCUACUUUGCAUCACAGAUCAGCUACAUAGCAAACUAAUUAUGAGCUUAAAGAUAUGAUGAGAGGCUCUCUAGCUCGUAAGGUUUUAGAGUACUCCAAUUAGUAAUCUUAUAAAUAAUUGCCAACUGUAUCAUCUAAUUAGUAAAAUCUCGCAAUGCCUAAAAAGUAUUAAAUACCUAAGAAAAAUAUAAAGUUCAAUCAAGAAAGAGAAUUGAUAUAUGCUAAGAAUAGAAGAGAAUUCACAGAAAAUACUGAUCUUAUUGUAAAAAUUAUUAACAACAAGAGAGAUGAUAAGAGCCAGGUUUAGCACCUAGUUAAAAAUAAUAUCUUCAACUCUGAGAUAAUUGAUCCUAAUGUUAAAAUGUAGAUGAUUGAAACUAUUGUUAGUGAUAAAAAGCCCAAUUUCUUGAAAGAAGCUGAAUAACUAGCCUAGUAAGAAAAGAUUCUACUUCAAAAGAUAAUGGAAGCGGAUCCUAAAUUAUUAAGUGAAAAUUUUGAAAGUUUGGAUGUGGAAGAAAUUCGUAGAAUUUACUUUACAAUGCUUCAAGAUAAAUAUCCUCGAAAGUAACUCUAAAAACUCAGAUACUCUUUAAAUAAGAUUUAUCCAUCUACAAAAAAAGUUUUAUCAGAAAGAAAAGUUAGACUGACAAUUGAGUAGGAAAAGCAUAAAAUGCCUUUAGAAAAGAUUGAGUAGCUCGAGAAGUAUUUGAAUCUAGCGAGUGAAAUGAAUUAAUAUCCUAGUAAGAAUGAAACUAAAGAAGAAUGGGCUAAGAAACUCAUGCUUAAAAAUGAAUGGGAGUAAAAAAGGAAUAUAAAUGACAAUUAAAAUAGACACUAACAGUUAAUUAUUUAAAGACGAAAGUAAGCAGCAAAAGAUAAAAAGUUAAUACAGGUUAUAAGUGGGGCUAACUUUAAACUAAGCGUAAAUUAUGGAAACUAGAGGGAGUACUUUAGUCGUUCAAUGAAUCAUAUGAACUUAGUAAAGACAGAUUCAAAGUAAACUGUAACUAGCAUAGCAAAUAAAACAUCAGUUCAAAAUGAUGAACAAGAUAUUAUGCUUAAGAUUCCUCAUGAACAGACAUCUAUGCCUAAAUUAAAUGUAGAAUAAACAGCUUAUCGUAGAUGGAAUAAAGUAUUUUAAAGAAAUAAGAAACUGGAAAAGUGUAGAACAAGCCAAGUUAAAGUUAUCAGAGAUAAUUCAAGGACUCUUUAUUAAAUGGCUAUUAAUCAAGAUAACUCAGAAUUAGAAAUUGAGCCUAUGAAUGAAGAAUCAAAAUUAAACAAAAGUGGAACUAUCAAGAAGUUCAAGAUACUCACAGGAAUUGUAGGAGAAACGAUGAAGUAAUACAGACAAUUUGAUCUAUGA